GGGUACACUGAACGAACUAUCGUUAACAACGUGGUAUCAUAAAAGUUGUCCUCGUGGCUAGAUCGCUUUUGUGAUAAUGAUGCCUGCUAGAGUGACACCUACGCUCCCAGAUAACAUGAUUUCCACUUCCGAGCGAGUAACUACGAUGAGUGAGGUUUCAGAGACGGCCAGUUUAUCUACCGAGUCAGAAAGUGUGAAUGAACACCUGUUUAAAGCAAUUGAUGAAAUAUACAGCCCAGUGCUUAAGCUGAUGAGGUUGUUUGGAGUAUAUUAUGGCGAUACCAAUCAGAAGUCUUUCACAAGUAACUCUGGUCGCUUCCUUAUGAGGGAAUGUCUUUCACUCUUGCACUGUGGUCUUGUGGCUACUGGUUUGCUGUAUAAUUUCAUUUUAGCUCUUCUUGGUUGUUUUUUAGACCCCAAGAAUAUCUUUAUUAAAUUAUUGUUUAGCGCUUGGUGCCUUCUUGUUGCACUGAGUGAAAUCAUUUUCUUGAUGGUGUCAAGUUUGAAAACCACACGACAUUCUCGAUUUCGGAGAUUUGUUCACAGUAUGGUCCACAUCAAAGGUAAUGCAAGUUUAAAAAAGGCGAAAAGUAAGUCACGUCAAGGCAUAAUUGUCUUUUUUGCCGUGAUGUUCGGUGCCAAUGUAGGUGCCUUGAUAACAUAUUUCAAACUGGAUAUAAAUCUUGCCAGUUUCAAGCCUUUCAAUGAAUCACCCGUCUUUGCGAUAGUCUCCCAAAUUUUUCUUGUAAUUGGUGUUGGUGUGUGGUUGCUUCCAAUUCUCUUUUUCUGUAAUACCUGUCUCAUAAUUGUGGAGCUGUUUGAUGACUUGGCCAAGAAAAUGUCACAACAGCUAUUGCAUUUUGCAAAACUGGAUAUAAGGCCUCUCCAGAUAGGGCAUCAAAAAUUGUGCGAAGUGGUGGAACUGGCCGAUGAGAUGUUUUCGCCUUUUCUCCUUGGAAUGGUGAGCUUGUACAUCCCCUUGAUCUGCUUCAAUUCGUACUUGAUUGUUUAUCUACUCCAGGAAAAUGCAGAAAACAAGACCCUGAUGAUGGGAAAUAAUCUGUUUUGGCUUAUUGUUUCAACUUGUCUCAUGGCAAUUAUCUUGCUAUUCGGAUCCAAAGUAAACGAAAAGAUUCACAGUUUUCAAAAGAUUUUCAGAACCACUCCUAUUGCAAAGGAGGACGAAGGAAAGUUGGUGAUUUUCAUGCUUGACCUCCAAGGAGAUCCAAAGGGUAUUUCAAUCGGUGGUCUUGUGGUCAUUAGAAAGUCCUUGUCUCUGACGAUUGCCGGAGUGAUCAUCUCUUACUUCACCGUUUUGCUGUCUAUACCAAAGUAAAUACAACCUUGGAAAAAGAUUUCAAGCAUCGGAAAAAUAAAAAAGAAUUCUUAAUGCCACAAUGAUACACUCAGGGGCCAAGGAGAAGAGGGCACACCUUAUUGUUGACUGUUGAGUCACACAUUUAACACCUGCAUUAAAUAAAUUAGAUAUUUUGAAGUUUGGGUUUGUUAAAAGAAAAUCGCGCUAAUCAAUUUCUUUUGAGAGUAGGUUCUAUAAUCUUUUAAGGUCGAUUUAAAUUUUUAGAUUGGAAAAGCAAUAACUCUUCGAGUUAGCGAAAUCUUUAAAGGCAACUUAUUGGUCGAGAUCGUGUUAUUACCACUUAAUUUAAAAGCAGAUUCAGCUUAUUCUUUCACUGUUAAAAUUUAGUCGACUUUUUCAUAUUGGAGCCUGCCUCUCUUAGCUAAACAAAACAGGUUCCAACGUAUCUUGAACGUAACUUAAUCUUUUCAAGCAUAAGGGUGAAUAAAGUUGAUGUUUUAAAAAGAAAAAAAUACUCACUAUGAGGCUGGAAAAUCCACUAGGCUCUUAAUUGUUCUAGUUCACUGCAGAAUCAUUUAAAUUAGAAAAUGAUCGACGCAAGAUAUGUGGCACUUUGACAACGUUAGGGGUUGGAGACAGCUAUUAUAUCGAUUCCAAGCGGCUUAUAAUUGACAUUGCUUAUAUUUGCAUGAACGAUGUUUCAAACCACCAUUAUUGUACAGUGCAUUUGGAUAAACAAGCUUUCCUAAGCAGAUGCGAUUUACUUCAACGGUUACAAACUUUGUUUCUUGCUACAUUCCUUAUUCCACACGUUCAAACAAUUAGAUUAAA